CACGGGAAAUCAAAAUAUAAAUUCCGGUAAAGGGACAUGCAGACCCUCAUAUAUAAGGUCAAAGGUCGAACACAUGUGUUUUCAGGAAGGACACAGAAACUGGAUAGAGCACGUCUUCAGUUUUUCACAAAGACAGCGGUGUUUGAAACGAUCUUCCUUUAAAUCGACUCCCAAAGGUAUCUGAAGAGCUCGGUGUCUUCAGGAUUCAACAACAAUCAUGCUAUCUGCAUUACCAUUGGUCAGGUCUGCUUUGAAGAGGACCAAUCACGUCAGACUUACGAGAGUUCUCUCACUGAACAGCGCUAACCUGCACAGAUACAAUUCUACAGCUUUACUAUGUGGAAAACCAAACUCCUUUUGGGUCCAAAAUUUCAACAGAAGUGUGUUGAAUUCUUUAUCAACAUGCCUUGUGAAGAGGUUUCACCAAAAUAUUCCACAAAUGAAGAACAGCAACCUGCAGAAGAAUAAGAAAGACAAAGGGUAUGACGUCGUGUAUCGCUUCCCGUACAUGCGUAUCCUCGCAGCCGUCUCUCGCUUCAAAAUCGCGCAGACGACGCUGAUGGUUUUCAUGAUCCCCAUCACGGUUACGGUAGCCGUUGAAGGCGACGCGUCGUGGGCCACGGCGAACUCUGUCAUCGGCUUGGGAAUCUUUUCAACCAUCAUGUUGUACGCCAUGAGCGAAUACCUGAGAAAAUUCAUCGGCGUCGUUAGUAUCAACCAAUCAGGAGACACUGUUAAACUUUCGCACCUGAAUUUCUGGGGGCGGCGUGUGGAGACGUACGUCGAUAUCAACAAUGUCGUACCGAUGACGGAAACAGGGGACAAGGAAGGCGAACUGUUCAAGAAAUUCAAGCUGUAUGACUCGGACCUAACCUUGUACUACACCUUAAGGGUGGGUCACAUCCUCGACAAGGAAAAGUUGGGUAGAAUCUUGGGUACCUUGGAGUGAUGUCAUUUCACUGUGUUUGUAAAUCAUGGUCAGUAUUAAGUCUUCCGACCAUUUGAUGAAAUAUUAAAUGCAUUGUUAAAGUCUUCUUUGCCAAUAUGAAGUAGCAAGUUGCGCCUGAAUACAAUGCUUUAAGUAACAUUAAGUAGGAAUAUAGUUACAAAACAAUACUGUAUAUACAUAAACAAGAAACUCUUUUUGAAGAUUGACAUGUGCACUCUCUGUUACAUGACCUGUUUACAUGUAAACUGGUGUUUAUUCUUGAAGAUUUUGAUAAUGAUAUAUGCUGUAUUAUAAUAAAUGUGUAAUCUGCUUAUCAAUAGAUGAUAAAAUAGACAUUGUAGUAUGAAAAUGAAAAUGCACUUUGUCUAAUAUUGUUCACCAUUUUAUCAAUGUUUGCAACAAUGCAGCCUCGUGAGGUCUGAGGAUGUUUAGAUUUUACAGUACCAGAACACAGUCCAAGCAUGUACCAAUUAUGCACACACACACACACACACAAACAGAUAGACACACACACCUGUACAAAACACACAUGUAAACAUAAAUAUUUACAUACAUACUUACAAUUUCAAAUUGUAGUCUCUACCAGACACGGGUCAUUGGAAAAAUAGUUGCAACUUUGGAUAAAUUCUACGAACUACAUGUAUACCUCAGUAGAUACCUCACUAAGUCCUGGUGGAUGAUACUGAAGAUGCCAGUGCUGUUUCCUGCUAUAGUGCUAUAACCAUGCAGAGAAUGACUUUGACUUUAUUCAAAUCCACAUUUGACAUAGUAUACAAGUAUACUGUAGCAAGGAGCUUCUGAUAAAAGCUCCUUGAUUGUAGGUAUUCUUCCUGUGGUAUUUAUAAACAGGAC